UCUCGCCAGUGCCGGGUUGAGAUGUAAGGCGGUGUAUUGGUGGACAUAGGUAAUCGGCGAGGAGAAUGAACUUCACCUGGGAACUGACGGUCCCUCCAAUGCUGAUUUUAAACUCUGAGUGAGCCUAAGAAGGGUGAGGCAGUGCCGUAUUCAGUGCGUGCAGUGUGGGUUGCGGGCGGUGUUAGGGUGCAGGGAGCGAGGCGGGAUGACACACACGAGCGGCUGACACAGAUUCCACUCAACAGGUUGUCGACAGAUAUUGGCUCGUAAUUGGAUAUUUUCACCUCAGAGGACGAUGGUGGGUGCAUCAAGGCUUGAGUAAGCGGCAGUCUUACCCAUACCCACUACCCUAACCACCACAGUCACUCUUCUCAUAACUGCCACCUCCAUUACCUCCAUCCGCUUCCCCUUCCCACGUGUCUCCCCGCCCUCCCCACCCCUGACUCUUUCCCGCCUCUCGCUCGCCACAUCUUGCUGGAAGCAGCACGAAUCGAGGGCAGGGGUGGCAGGGCGGGAGGGAAGGGGUGGCAGCGUGAGCAGUGAAGACGUUCAGCUUGAGAGGAAUAAGACGAAGGGUGGGUGAGGUGUCAUGGCGGGGAGGAAUGAGGAAGUGCUGAAGGAAGCGUUCAUGACCAAGAGGUCCCAGAACAAGCGCUCCUUCACUCCCACCAACUGGAAAGAGCGAUGGUUCGUCUUGUCACCAGAAAACCUCAUUUACUUCGAUGGGGACAGACAGAGCGGGCGGCGGAAAGAGCGUGGCCGCGUGGAGUUGAGUCGCGUGGUGGCGGUGGAGUGCGUGAACAGUGUGGUCUUCCAGAGGGACUACGUGUUCCAGUUGUGCUACCUCUCCGAAGAGAAGGAACAGUACGUCCUCUACAUCGCCGCCGUUAGUGGUUACGAGCGGGACGAGUGGCUGGACUACCUGCGGAGAUUGGUGGCGGCCAACGAGUGUCUGUCGGACUGGUAUCACGAGGGUGCCUUCAUCAGGAACCAGUGGUCGUGCUGUAAGGGCGGCAAGGAAGUGGCCGCCUGCACCGCCGUCACGUGGACUAUCAACCACAACAACAAUCCACCAGCGGGAAAUGAGAGGCGGUGCAAGACAGGUGGCUGCGAGCAGGUAAUUGAAGGACGUUUGCCAGAAAAGAUGGGACAGGUUGAGGUAGACAUCUAACAACGGCCCCC